AUGGGCAAGAAGGAUGGAGGCUUGCAGCCCUGCAUUGACUACCAGACCCUUAACACGCAGACCGUCAAGCUCCCCUAUCCACUUCCCCUAGUCCCGGCUGCCCUUGAGGAACUCCGUGGAGCUCACAUCUUCUCGAAGCUGGACCUGCGGAGUGCAUAUAACCUUGUUCGAAUCCGGGAGGGCAACGAGUGGAAGACGGCGUUCAUAACCCUCUCAGGCCACUAUGAAUAUCAGGUGAUGCAGUAUGGCCUAGCCAACUCACCGUCCGUCUUCCAGGGGUUCAUGAACAAGGUUUUCCGGGAGUUUCUCCACCGAUUUGUCAUAUUGUACAUCGACGACAUCCUGAAAUACUUCCGGAACCUGCAUUGUCCACAAAUCUGUCCAAAUCCGUGCCAGUGA